AUUUCCGGUUCCGCUAUUCUCUAUCCGUCAUUCACGUUUAGAACCAAGUACAAGUCGUGUCAGUCUUGCGUUUUGAUUGUCUGUCAUCGCACUUUCCUGGUUUCUAUUUAAACCUGGUUGAUUUUUGGUUGUCAGUCAUUCCCGCUGUUUUGUUUCCGUUGACUGUUCUUCAUAUGCCCCGUUCGCGAUCUUCAUCUAUUGAUUCCUCUUCGUCUUUGUCGUCUUUGUCGUCUUCAUCUUCUGAUACUAUGUCGUCCACGAUGUCACAAUACUCAUAUAACCCUCCCCGCGUUAGCAAACGAGAGUACCUCUUGGCUCAGAUCCGUCACAAGGAUCAGAUCAUAGAGUCUCUGUUGAAGCAGUUGCACAACCCUUACCUUGCGACGCCGCUUUCGGUUGCAUCCUUCAAAGCAGCGACAUCACCAUCUGACAGUGACAACAUGAACAUUGUUGACUGGCUUGAUCGUCUGCAGGCUAGUACCAAGCAACCAGGAAUGGCCUCGCCCACCGACCCUAACUUCCUUCGUAACUUGCGCAACCCCUCUGCAGUUGUUGUGGAUGAUUCCGAGGAUGACGAUCCCGACGCUGAAGAGGGUCCCGUCGAAGAAGAGGACGUCGAGAAAGUCAGGAACUCACUCCCUGACGCUGCUGUGCCUAUCGGGCUGCUCGCAAACUUGUCUUUAGAUAAAGAUAAAGACAAGGGUAAAGGUAGAGGUCGCCAAGGUGGUAUCACUGGUGCAGGUAACUCGAAACCGGAAGACGACGAUGACAAUGUGGGUGUGGCCAAUAAGGAGUACUUUUUGCCUGGUCCUGCCUCGAACUUGAAUAUCCGCAAAACCUUGGUGGAACAGCACACGCCGGAGAUAGUUCUCCACGGACUCGUGAAUAACACUGACGUUGAAAAGCUUUUCGAUAUAUUCUGGAAGCAAAUCAAUCCAUUCAUUGGCCUCCUCGAUCCCACGUUACAUACAUCUCAAUCCAUCUUCCAAAGGUGUCCCUUCUUGUUUACCGUUAUCUGUACUAUUUCUUCGCGUUACUACAAGGAGAAGUCUGAGAUCUAUCCUGUUGCUAUGCACUUUGCAAAACACUCCGCGGCUAACGCGCUUAUCGACGGCUGGAAAUCUGUCGAGUUAUGUCAAGCUUACAUUCUCAUGAGCAUUUAUGCUGUCCCAGCUCGCAGGUGGGAGGAAGACAGAAGCUGGUUGUACACAGGACUUGCAGCGCGGAUUGCUACAGACUUGAAUUUGCAUCAGGUCUCUACAACACAGCCCCAGACGGAGCGCCAGGAGCGAGAGAUGUUGAAUCGCACUCGCGUGUGGAUGAUAUGUUUUAAUAUCGAUAGAUCAACUGCUACGCAGUUUGGCAAGCCCUCGACGAUUAAGGAGGACUAUAUCACUCGUCAUUCCGCAGACUGGUACAAACAAUCUCGUUUCAGAGAUAAGUUUGAUAUCCACCUAUGCGCUUAUUCAACGCUUCUUCGCAUCGUGGGCCGGUUCCAUGACGAUAUUUUCUCAGACCCCAGCUCUCCAACCGGUUUGAACAAGGGUAUCAACUUCCUUCAGGUUACGUUAGAACACGAUCGUCAUCUUACAAACUAUUUUGAGGAAUGGACCAGACGCUUUAAUGAGGAAUCUGACCCUGGAGAUCCUGGAAGUGUAUUCCGAUGCACUCUGCUACCCUUCUUGGUCAGCUAUUCACGUCUUGUCAUGUACUCUUUCGGAUUUCAACACGCCUUCCAACGAGGCAUGGAGGCGAGUGACAACGUCUUUCUUGAUAAGUGUUUCGACUCCGCAAAAGUGGUCAUUAAGCAAAUGAUCGAAGUGCUGGCACCUAGUGGUCUCAUGCGUGCUGCCCCUGAUGGUCACUUCGUCUUUGCGUCUUUCGCCUCUGCAUUCAUGCUCAAGCUUCUGCGUCCCGAGUUUGCUCAGCUGUUGACCCGCCAGAUGGAGGACGAGAUCUUUGAACUCAUUGGCCGCCUGAUCACGACGCUUCAAGAUCUUGCCAUUGAUGAACGUCACACACCACGCCUAUAUGCUCGAUUCCUUGCCAGCCUUCUUACGAGACAUAGGAAAGGUGGAGGCUCUGUUGGUGGGCGUCUUCAACACGUUCCACCUCAAGGCCAAGUUUCUCGUCAACCUGAACCUCGUAGCUUCGCUUCGCAACCCUCGUCAUCUUCAGGGACAAGAUACGCUGGUGGACCAGCGCCAGGCAUGUCACAGCAAGGACGCGAUAAUGAUUCCAUGCAGAUGACUCUCAACCGAGGCACUUCAAGCUCUUCAUCGCAGGCAUCCACACCUCCUUCCGCGACUCCCAUGAUAUAUUCCGAAGCUACUUACUCUCGCGCUCAGUCGAACCAUGGAGUUUUAGAUAGCGAUAUGGAUGUUGGAAUGGCAGAUGUGCUAUCGGAGAGCGGGACAUUGGCAGCUAUGCAUGCACUCAACGAUGCCUGGUGGAGUAACAUGAUGAUGCCAGGGUUCUCCUGGCCAGAAGGACCACACUUGAACGGCGUCGCAGAAGUUUACAAUCACGGAAUACCUGGCAUCCACCCAAGCUUUGGAGGGUAUACAGCUGAACCACAGCUAGCAAUGUAACUUUUUCGUCCGUAGGACACUUGGUUAUAUGACGUCGUCAAGGGUCGGAAAUUUCUCUUCUAUUAUUGAUUGUUCUUUGGUUUCAUACAGUACUACUGUAUUCAUGAUCUUGCUUUCACUACCGUACACUGUACACUUGGUCAUUCAUGUUUUGUGUUUCAGAAUCUUACACACGUAGACGACAUUAGCAGCAUCUCAAAAUUGUCUUGACUCGAGCUUUAAUAAGGCUUUGAAAUAUUGCCUUCAAGUUUU